AUGAGGUAUGCGUAGAUUUUUUUCCUAAAAAAUUUUUUUUUCUAGUUUCGGACUUUGGAAUUGGAUUGCGCUGGAUUUGCGGCUCAGCAGUUCCCCUUUGUUGGCUGACCCAAAAGUAUUUUUCCAGUUAUGAAAAAGUUUUUUCUCAACAUCACCUUUAGAACUACGUUCCCGAUGAAGUCGAUUUGAAUGCGGAUCCCGAAGCUUUGAAAAUCUGGCUUUCCAUUAUGGAGGAUUCAAUUAAAAAAGUUCAUUCCAAGAAAAUAAAUUCAUAAAUCAGAUUUUUUCAGGUUGCCGAGAUGGCAAUCAGCUCUCAACGCUUCUCUAUGACCGCUUCUGAGAGGGCGUCUCUUUUCCGCAAGAACUUCCUUGCCAAAAUCCAUCUCCUUCGCGAAAAACCUUUGUUUGUAUGGAAAGCUCCAAAAAUCAUUAACCAUUCCGUUUCAGUGCCUAUGGCUCGGCUAACAUCCGUAACUUGUUGGAUCUCCGCGAGCAGAUCCUCAAUGAGCACGGGUUUGAUGACGCCUACUCGCUGGUUGGUUUUUUGAUACCUGCGGUCUAAAGCUACAUAGUUUCAGCUAACUGUGAUAUCCAAAAACUGUUUUUGGGCUAAAAUGACCCUGAAAAAAUGAAUUUCAAAAACAAAAUCUCCAGUUUUCAGGAAAAUUGCAAUAUCCGAGUCUCCAUCGGAGUGUUAUCAAAGCUUCAACGAAGUUAAACACUAUUUAAGCUUUAAGCUACCAAAAAAGCAAGAAGUUAUAAAAAAAGUUUAUAAGCAUUCGCAUUCUUUUUUCCAUUCGCUCAUCAGAAGAGGAAAUAUUUUUUUCAAGAGAUUUGCGUUUUUGAGGGCCAUCGAAAAAUACAAACUAAAUCAUAAAGUGUAUACAAUUCAGCAAAAAGAGAUGGAAAACAGUGCCGCCGUUCGAAGCUAUACCAACGUUAUUGCCAACAUCAGCAAAGUCAGUUCUAAAAAUAUUUUAUACGACUAAUAUAAAAUCCCUCUUUUUAAAGAUUCAAGACUUUGAACAAAAAUGGAUCCUACUUUCGCGUGGGAUGCUGGCCGGAAACGUCUUUGACUGGGGAGCAGAGAAAGUUAUUCAAUUGAUGCAAAGAGCUGGAGGACUUUCCUUUGAUGAAGCUCUUCAAGAAAUCGAAGGUUUUUUCUCAUUUUUAUCAAAAAAAGUUAGUGAAAUUUGGUUUCAGAGCGUCCAUGGCUUCACGAUGGAUUAGAUAAAUUCCUGUCAAAUUUGAGCAAUGCGAACUACAAAUGCGCUGUGAUUUUUGUUGACAACAGUGGUGCGGACUUCGUUCUGGGAAUCCUGCCGUUCGCUCGUGAACUCGCAUCUUUUGGAAUCAAGGUGAGUUUUUUUUUUCAAUUUUAAGAAAGACAAGUAUCUCGAAAAGUAUAUAAAAAUCAGACAUUCUCAUUCACGCUUAAAAUAACUCUAUCAUAAAAAUCACUUGGAAUGCAGAAAGCGAUAUACUUGAAGUAUUGCGUUGAAUUUUAUUACAUGAUUAUAGAGGAGAACCUUAAAAGAACUAUUGCACUCUUUUCUCGAAUAAAACAUUAGAAAACAUUGCGUCAGGUUCAUUGUUAGAGCAACGGUGUAUGCACCACGUCGAUUAUCGUAGACCACAAAGACGUGAAAAAAAUAGAAAUCUAGCCGAUUCACGGCUAACUUGGGACGCUGAGUGGGCGUGGCUUGUCUGCGCUCUCCACCAAUUAGGCACUAUCUCUUUUAUUGUCGUACCAGGGUCCUUUUUUCGAAGGUUCGAGCCAGUCGUGAAAUAGCUAUAGGCCAUUACUUGAUGUUCACAUCUUUCAAGGAGACGUCAGGACUUAUCCAAUGGAUGAAACAUUUUCGAUCUUUUGUGAAACUAUAUUUUUUGUUUCUGAGCUAAGAGACACUAGGAAAUGAAAACAGUCUUUUUAUUAUUUUCUCACCAUUCUUUCACGUUGUCUAAAGUAUUGCAAAAAAAUUUAAUGGGAUAGUAAGUCCAGAAAGCCUGACAAGCCUCAAAUUUAGGCGCAUCUUCGUCCAAUUAUCGAAAAAAUUCUAUCAACUCUUUUGUGCUUCAGGUCAUUGUCGUCUCCAACCUGUACCCCGCGCUGAACGACCUCACCUACACCGAAAUGCUGGGUAUCGUUAGCUCCAUCAGAGCCAUCGAUCCUGUCGUCGACAAGCAUAUCGAGAACGGUCAACUUCUGUUCACCCAUCAUGGACAGGGAUCCCCUUGCCUCGACUUCCGGUGAGAUAAUUAUUCAGGCGCGAAGCAUAAUAUAGAAAUAUCAAUCUUUCAGUCGUAUCCACUCUGACCUCAACGAGCUCGUCAUCUUUGAGAAAGUUGAUCUGGUCAUCAUUGAGGGAAUGGGUCGAUCUCUUCACACAAAUUUCUCGGCCAAAUUCACUUGCGACUCUCUGAAGGUGGGUUAUAUUUCAUUAUAAUUAAUCUUGAAACGGUUUUUUUUUUCGCGGGUAGAGUUUUUUUCAUUCAAGAUCACGAUUGCUAUUUUUUUCAAGCUUCAGAUUAAUUUAACUCACCCGACUCUUCUAUUGAUCUUGAAAUCGGUUGAAUAUACUAGAUACAAAACACGGAAGCUGGUUUCCAAGUGAGGAUACAUGAAGAAACUAAUUCAAUAUGCUAAAUUUCUAGGGCUUUUAAGCAACUUUUCUCACAAAUAGAAAACUUGGAAUUUCAAAAUUCAUUGGUAGGCUAGCGAUAAAAGUUUCGAAUCAGGUGGCUGUGAUCAAGACUCAAUGGCUGGCUGAUCGCCUGAACGGCAAACUGUUUUCCGUCGUCUUUAAACUCGAUGAGGGCUGCGUUCAGGAAGACUGA